GAAGAUUUCGACUCUACCCUCCACACCCACAUCUUGGUUAACUCCAGCGGUUACUGCCAGUGGCUGCCCCCAGGCAUCUUGAAAAGCACGUGCCGAAUCGAUGUCCGCUGGUUCCCCUUUGACACCCAAAAAUGUGACCUCAAGUUUGGCUCCUGGACUCACGAUGGCUGGUUGCUCGACCUGCGCAUGUUGGAGAUCGACACGUCAGGCUACGUGUCCAAUGGCGAAUGGGACCUUGUGGGGGUCCCCGGCAGUGAGAACAAAGUUUUCUACGAAUGUUGUCGGGAGCCGUACCUGGACGUCACCUUCGUGGUUGUCAUGCGCCGCCGGACGCUUUACUACGCGCUCAACAUGCUGGUGCCCUGCUUGCUCCUUUCGGCCGUGACGUUUUUGGUGUUCCUGUUACCUGCCGAUUCGGGGGAGAAAAUUUCUCUGGGCAUCACCGUGCUGCUCUCGCUCACCGUCUUCAUGCUGCUGGUGGCUGAAGUGAUGCCGGCCACCUCGGACUCCGUGCCGCUGAUAGGGCAAUACUUCGCCAGCACCAUGGGCAUGGUGGGCCUCUCUGUGAUGACCACCGUCUUUGUCCUCCAGUAUCAUCACCACGACCCCGAGGGCGGAUCCAUGCCAAGAUGGGUCCAGGUGCUGGUGUUGAACUGGGGCGCUUGGCUCCUGAGGAUGCGCCAGCCGGGAGAAGAGCCCGUGGGGCGCCCCCCCUGUGCCCCCAGCUUGCUGAGCUGCAGUUCGGACAACAGUGAUGGGGGCAGCCCGCCGACCCGUCCGGCUGGGCCCAUCGCCAACGGCAACCUGGCUUACACGGGGGUCCCCGUCGCCGCCCCCUUCUCCACCAAACCGCCCGUGGUGCCACGGCCUUUCCUUUUCUCGCCGGAGCCUCCGUCCCCCAUCCCAGAGGACCUUCUCUCUGCCCCCCAGCUCAGCUCGAUCUUGAGGGAGCUGCGAUACGUGGCCCAGCGUUUCCGGAGCCAAGAUGUCUCUCGGGCCACCUGCAGCCAGUGGAAAUUCGCCGCGGCGGUCAUCGACCGUCUCUGCUUGGUCCUCUUCGCCCUCUUCCACAUCGUCUGCUCCAUCGCCAUCCUGAUGGCCGCGCCCAACUUUGCCGAGGCCAUCACCAAGGACUUCCUGUGAUGCCCCCAAGCUGGACCUCUGACUGAGGGGGUCUCUCCAGGAUGGGAAAAAACCGAGGCUGCCCUUAGACCCUCCCGUGCAUCUGAACGACCCAGAUUUUGGGGAGGGCAGCAAGGUUUGCAUGCGGUAGGUUACGGAGCUCCUCCUGGAACUGACGUCCUCGUUGGCUGGCGAGGACCAGACGGUGGCCUUGCCUGAGACCACAGUCAAGUUCUCCUCUGGAUCCUUCGCGCUAGUCCUCUUUCGCUCUGCUCAAGGGUGCCAUGUUGAAAGUCCACAGGCCUCUGAAUGUCCGGAAGAAGCACCACCACUGGACCACGAUGCCACGUGGCUCCCCAUUCCACAAACCCAAAGGGAGCCAAAUUCAGGACACGUUUCCCAAAGCCUACAUCCUCUCCGUGGUGAACUGCGACAACCGCCGAAGCCCCUGCCUUGACUCUGGACCCGUCGUUCUUCCACUCGGGCCCCAAAGGGGUCCCUUCCCGGUUACCUCUGGCGGGGCUGAUAUGAGGACCAAAACGCAGUGAAACGUUUUGCAACAGGACAGAAAGUGGGGCUGUUCCCCCCACCCCACAUUGUGUUCUGUUUCAACAUUUGAACGCCCCAAAUCCAGUUCUGUUUUCAUAGUAUUGUGUAGAUCAAGCUCGAACCUCUCCCGCCCCCCCAGAUCUCAUUCCAUUUACACCAGUGUGUAUUUUACAAAAGAUCCUUGAACGUAAAACCCAGCGCGAGAACGCCGCCUUUCUGCUUCUGUGUCUGUUUCCUGGUCCACAGAAAUGUUCGGAGUGGUUUUAGGGAAACGUCUAAACCCAGGCCUGAAAAUUAAAUUCAGUGAUGAUCUCAAAGUCCAGUCGUAACAGAAUUUUGUUAAAAAAUUAACGGGUAUUCUCGGGCAUGUUUUUUUCUCAGCGUAUCCUUACCAUAUCACUGUAAGACCCCAAGUGUAUCAUCUCAUUCUAGUUUUUCAUUUAUUUUAUUGAAACAGAAAAAAAAAAUAAAUUAUUAAAAGUAAACAGCAAUAAAUAAUCAAUAACUUAAGCCUUG